AUGAUAUCUGUGAUCUUGAGAGAUCAAGAAUCAAAAAGAAUAAUCAAAUAUUUGAAUUUAAAUAUCACUUAUCUUGCGAAAUAUAUGAAUAAGGAAAAUGAAAUAAAUGUUUUGAUAAAAAAUUUCUUUUUUUAAGCAAACUAAUGCAUCUCUCAAAUUACGUAAGGUUACUUUUAUUUGAAGUUAAAAUUCAUAUGA